CUUGCAUGCCCAUUUUGUUUGUUACGUUCUUUCUUCUUUAAGUACACAAAUGGGUUACAAUCUUCACUUACUUUCAACUAUAUUCUCCUUUUAAGUUGGUUGAAUUGGGGUGAAUGAGAGUGUUGUUGAGCUUAAUUUAGAAACAAACCUAUGUAUAUAAGGCACAAAUUAAAUUCUAACUAUAUAUUCGCUUCAAAGCUUCCUCAUUGUUUUGUUUCAAAGGAUUGUGUUUGCUUUACUUUUGAGGGUGAAUUGGAAAUUUAGUACAAUAUGUGUUGAUGAAGAUUUAGACAAAAUCAUAUGAUUCUAUUCUUUUGUUUGAUUUCUUGCCUGCCAUGGAUGGAGAACUGUUGAGAGUAUAUAAUACACUAUAUUCAGUCGUUUUCUUAAAGAAAAAUUAUAUAAAAGUAGGUGUACUAUCGAACCUUCUUCCAUUUUUUUCUUUCAUGGGGAAGAUUCCAACACAGCCUGCAUCUCGAAUGGCUUCCAAUUAUGAUGAAGUUUUCAUGCAUCAGACCUUGCUUUUUGAUGACAGUCUAAAGGAUUUGAAAAAUCUGAGAACACAAUUGUACUCAGCAGCUGAAUAUUUUGAACUGUCAUACACCAAUGAUGACCAAAAACAAGUAUUAGUUGAAACAUUGAAGGAUUAUGCAAUCAAAGCUCUGAUAAAUACAGUGGAUCAUUUAGGUUCUGUGGCCUAUAAGGUGAGUGACUUGUUAGAUGAGAAGGUCACUAAUGUUCUUGGAGAAGAGCUACGUUUAUCAUGUAUUGAACAGAGAAUAAAGACAUGCCAAGGUUUUAUGGAUCAUGAGGGGCACACACAGCAGGCUCUAGUGAUCAGUACUCCAAAACAUCACAAGCGUUACAUUUUGCCAGUUGGGGAGACUUUGCAUGGUACAAAGUUCACAAAAUCAAAUUAUAUAGGAUGCAACCUAGAUGAUGAAGAUGAUUGGCAUCAUUUCAGGAAUGCUGUUCGAGCUUCGUUAAGAGAAACACCGACUUCUACUGCAAGUAAAGAGAAUUCCCCAUCACCUUCUUUACAACCUCAGAGAGUUGGAGCUUUUUCAUUCACUUCAACCAGCAUGGCCAAAAAAGAUUUAGAGAAGCGGACGGUCUCACCACAUCGAUUUCCACUUUCACGAACCGGAUCAAUGUCAAGUAGAUCUACAACACCAAAGACUAGUAGAUCAACUACUCCAAACUCAAGUAACAGAACUACAAGUCCUUCAAAUGCGAGAUUAAGGCAGUAUCCUUCGGAGCCGCGCAAAUCAGCUUCAAUGCGAUUACAUUCUGAUAUAAACAACUCCAAAGAUAUGGAACAGCACCCUAGUAAAAGUAAGCGUCUGCUUAAGGCCUUACUUAGCAGACGCAAGUCUAAGAAGGAUGAUAUGCUAUUAACUUACUUGGACGAAUAUUGAUGGUGGUUUACUACAAGUAAAUGAAAGGGAAAGAGUUCAAAAAAAGACUAGAAAUUACUAACAAGGUUUUGCUCUUUGUAGCACCGAUACUUCAAAUUAAAAUGUGUUUGGUAUUCAACACGGCACUGGUUAUAUUCAACCACUUCUGUUUUUUUAAGUUACUAUUAGUAUCUAUGUAUUUGAAUCAGUAUCAGCGUCAUAUCUAAUAUUCGUGUCUAUGUCUGCGCUUCAUAGGUUUUGCUUGCCUGGAUUUCCCAUUUGAUUGAAUAGGUUGUACCUCUUUGUUUCUUCCUUCUUUUCUCUUCUUUUAAUGUUCAUUUCUUUAUGAUUUGAAAUGAACAUAUAUAUGGUAAUUUUGUUUUGCUCAUUUUACUUUUAUGUUAUAUUAUUGCGAGCUUCCAACAUUUAUUGUUUGUGAUGUCAUAAUGCAAUUGUUCCACAGGUUUAUUUUAUUUA